GGAACUCUAUGAGGAAGCGGCAGACAAAACAAGAGAUAAUCGUGCUGGUUCGGCAUUAAAAAUUAUUUAUACGGAUGUUGUGGUUGCCGUAUAAGUUGAAAGUAUGUUACGCUUUUUCAGAACACGUACUUAUACGGUACAUUUUCGUUAUAUAGCUGAAAAAUACGUGGUUUAACAGCUUGUUAAAAGCCAAAGCUUCAGGUAACGUUAACUAGCAUACGCCCCUGCGUUAAGAAGUGGAAUAAUGUCAACUAAAGAAGAUGGAGAUGGUAAAAAUGGCCAAGGUGUGGCUUCUCCUGAAAGGAUGUCCACUGACAAAAGCAGAGAAAACCAGAACCGGCGUGAAGUUGAGGCAACAGGCAGCAACACAGACACCAGCACAGCGGCAAAAAACUUAGCUUUGCUUAAAGCACACUCUCUAGAUGUGAAGUUCGAUGUUGGAGAUGAGUAUGACAUCAUAGAAACCAUCGGCACUGGGGCCUAUGGUGUUGUUUCCUCUGCCAGAAGAAGGGACAAUGGCCAGCAGGUGGCAAUAAAGAAGAUCUCCAAUGCUUUUGAAGUGGUCACAAAUGCCAAACGCACAUUGAGAGAACUGAAGAUUCUCAAGCACUUCAAACAUGACAACAUUAUUGCCAUCAAGGACAUCCUUCAGCCAAACCUCCCUCACUCUGCUUUCAAGUCUGUGUAUGUCGUGUUGGACCUGAUGGAGAGUGACCUGCAUCAGAUCAUACACUCUGCCCAGACAUUAACCCCAGAGCAUACACGUUAUUUUUUGUACCAGCUGCUUCGUGGCCUUAAGUAUGUGCACUCUGCCAACGUCAUCCACCGUGACCUCAAACCCUCCAACCUGUUGGUGAAUGAAAACUGUGAGCUAAAAAUUGGUGACUUUGGCAUGGCAAGGGGUCUGAGUUCACACCCUGAGGAGUCUUAUUCCUUCAUGACUGAGUAUGUGGCAACUCGAUGGUACCGUGCCCCUGAACUCCUGCUGUCUCUUAAUCAUUAUAGUUUGGCCAUUGAUUUGUGGUCUGUGGGCUGCAUCUUUGCUGAAAUGUUGGGACGUAAGCAGCUUUUUCCUGGAAAACACUACGUACACCAGCUUCAGCUCAUUUUGAGCGUGUUAGGCACUCCUCCUGAGGGUUUAAUUGGUGCUAUUAGGGCUGACAGGGUGCGCUCCUAUGUUCAGAGCCUUCCAUCACGGAUAGCUAUGCCUUUAGCCAGACUGUACCCACAAGCUGAACCAGAGGCUUUAGAUCUGCUUGGUGCCAUGUUGCGCUUUGAUCCUCGGGAACGAAUCUGUGUGACGGAAGCACUGGCGCAUCCUUACCUGGCCAAGUAUCACGACCCAGAUGAUGAGCCAAUUUGUGUGCCAGCGUUUGACUUUGAGUUUGACAAGUUUCCAAUGAAUAAGGAACAAAUUAAAGAAGCAAUUCUGAUGGAAAUUCAGGACUUUCAUAGAAAGAAACAAAUCACUCGUCAAAGACUGCAAUUCAGACCUCUGCCCAGGGUGAACAGUGGAGCUACAGCACAAAACAGUAACCAGCGUAAUGUUCAGCCUGCAACUGUCAACCUGACUAAAUCAUUGUUGAUUCCCAUGGCCCAGCACCCACAAACACAACAGCAAAUGAGAGAAGUGAAGUCUCAACAGCAACAAGAACACCCACCAGCAGAAGCGAACCAUCCCUUUACAAACCAUAUGAAGACCUUUAAUAAGCCUACAGACCUUUUAGAAGUUGCUCCACCACAUGUGAACCAUAAUUUGCCACUCCUUAGUAAAAGUGAAAGUGGUCCACUUGAUGUAGACAUGCCCAGUGCCAACUCUGACAGCGGUCAGCCAGAGACAAUAGAUUUAACAACACCAGUAUCUAGUCAGGAGGCUCCAUUAGAAACAAUGAGAGACAGGGAGGCACAGGAGCCUCUAACGAGCACUCAGACUCUACAGGCUCAGAAUACCCAGGCCAAGCCCAUAGCCCAGGCUCCCCCCUCCAUCCCUGCUACACCAGCACAGACUAUGACACCCUUACCCACCACUGUGCCUUCCCUUUCUCUCUCUGCGGCACAGGCCCAUUCACUUUCUCAGUCCCUUUCAGAGUCACUAUCCAAGAAUGUGAGGCCUCCUCCGUGUGUAGCAGAGGGAACCAGAAAAGAAGGCGCCAUUUCAGAAGAUACUAAAGCUGCCCUUAAAGCAGCUUUAAUGAAAUCUUUCAGACAAAAAACCAAGAGUGAUGGUGGUGUUUUAGCUCUGGGUAGUGACAUUGGUACAGGAGGUGGUGCGUCGUCCUCGCUGUCUUCUGUUCCAGAGUCGCGUCGGCCUGUCACAGCCCAGGAGCGUCAACGAGAAAGAGAGGAGAAAAGAAGAAAGAGGCAGGAAAGAGCAAGGGAGAGGGAGAGAAAAAUGAAGGAAAAGGAAAGAAGAGAGGGAAAACAAGGAGAUUCGCUGGGUGGGGUUUUGCUGAGUGAUGACGACAAAAGCCUGUUGCAGCGCUGGACAAAGAUGAUGGACAGCUGCAAUGAGAAAUCUCAGACCACCAAUAAUGAUGGAUCAAAGAACAAGGAUUGUAACCUCAACUCUCACAGAGGUUUUGUUAUCAGUGAUAACACUCAAGGAGCACUGAACAAUAAAACAGACAAGGAACUGAGGAAGAUUCAGUCUCAUGAGCAGUUAGUUUCUCAAGUAAAACCAAACCAGCCCAGCUUGUUUCCGCCUCCUAGCACCCAAAAUCCAGCAUUAUCUUUCUCCAUGAGCCAGGCAAAGUCCCCUGCAGAUUUUGUAGUUGCUGUAAGUGGAGGGAUGGACAUAAUGACCAUCACAAGUGGAUUUGUUAAAAACAACAUACUUAAACCUCAUGCUGAGAGCAAUGGGCAAAGUGGGUUCACCUGUUUGGGGAACUGGAGCGGCCAGCAGUUAGAGACGAGGCCACAACAACUACCAAACAGGACAUCACAGACGCUACCGUCAAGCUUUCUUCAGCCCCAGCUCCAACCUCAAAGUCAAACACAACCUGACCCUCAGACGCAGUCUCAGCUGCUCCCGCUGGAGAGUUUUUUGUCCAAAGCUCAAACACUGAUCACCAGAGAGACCAAUGGCAGUGUGGAUCUCAGAGCUCAAAAUAAUCUCAACUCUUUGCCUGCCAGUACAGGACCGAUGGAGAAGCUUUGUCCCUCUGGAGGUGAGAAAACAGCAGCACAGACCACAAACCCUCUCUGUGGGUCCUUGGGGGUUCCCUCUCAGCCUCAUCCCAGCCUUGGAUUCACAGAUACUGGGCAACAAGGACCCUCCAUUGCCCCUGACAUCCAUAUGGUGACACUUCAGCUCUCAAAGUCCCAGGUAGAGGAUGUCUUACCUCCUGUGUUCUCAGUCACCCCUAAGGGCAGCGGGGCAGGGUACGGUGUGGGCUUUGAUCUGGAUGACCUUCUCAACCAAUCUCUGACAGACCUGCAACACUGUGACCGGGACAGCUUCGACUCAGCCCCCCUCUCGGCCUCCCUCUUAUCUGAUUGGAGCGAGGUUCACCACAUGACGCCAGCGGACCUGGAGUCGCUGCAGCAGGAGCUACAACUCGGCUCUCCCAUGAUCCUCUCUGAUACCACCCCGCCUGAUGCCUGA